UUUUUUUCCAACAUUCAUCUGUCGCUCCAAGUGGCGAUCUGCAGGCAGGGAAGGAGUCUAGCCAAACUCACGAGUUGGGUGGGGGUUGGGAAGAGUGAAAAGAAUGUUCCAGGAUGAGGGCGGCUGCGAGGCCGACUUAAACCUCCCGCACCUGAGGCCGCCUCAGUUCCUGCGAGUUUCUUCCUGCUGUGAACAUCGGGGCUCUGGCCUCUGUCUCCCGGCCACCUCCCUCGCGCCAUGGCCCCGAAGCGGCAAUCUGCGAUCCUGCCUCAGCCCAAGAAACCCAGACCGGCUGCUGCUCCGAAGCUGGAGGACAAGUCGGCCUCUCCGGGCCUGCCGAAGGGAGAAAAAGAACAGCAAGAAGCAAUUGAACAUAUUGAUGAAGUGCAAAAUGAAAUAGACAGACUUAAUGAACAAGCCAGUGAGGAAAUUUUGAAAGUAGAACAAAAAUAUAACAAACUUCGCCAACCAUUUUUUCAGAAGAGGUCAGAAUUGAUCGCCAAAAUCCCAAAUUUUUGGGUAACAACAUUUGUCAACCAUCCACAAGUGUCUGCACUGCUUGGGGAGGAAGACGAGGAGGCUCUGCAUUAUUUGACCAGAGUUGAAGUGACAGAAUUUGAAGACAUUAAAUCAGGUUACAGAAUAGAUUUUUAUUUUGAUGAAAAUCCUUACUUUGAAAAUAAAGUUCUCUCCAAAGAAUUUCAUCUGAAUGAGAGUGGUGACCCGUCUUCAAAGUCCACCGAGAUCAAAUGGAAAUCUGGAAAGGAUUUGACAAAACGCUCAAGUCAAACGCAGAAUAAGGCCAGCAGGAAGAGACAGCAUGAAGAGCCAGAGAGCUUCUUUACCUGGUUUACUGACCAUUCUGACGCAGGUGCUGACGAGUUAGGAGAGGUCAUCAAAGAUGAUAUUUGGCCAAAUCCCUUGCAGUACUAUUUGGUUCCCGAUAUGGAUGAUGAAGAAGGAGAGGCAGAAGAUGAUGAUGAUGAUGAUGAAGAGGAGGAAGGGUUGGAAGAUAUUGAUGAAGAAGGAGAUGAGGAUGAAGGGGAAGAAGAUGACGAUGAGGAUGAAGGGGAAGAAGGAGAGGAGGAUGAAGGCGAGGACGACUAGCACAGAAGAUUGAUGGAUUCCAACCUUUUUUAUUUUCUUUUUAUUUUUUAAUUUUCUCCAGUCCCUGGGAGCAAGUUGCAGUCCUUUCCGCCCUGUCCCUCUGUGCUCAGUUGCCCUGUUUUUGAGGUCUCAACAUCAUGGUUCUCAACUAAUUUGGGAAAAAAUAUCUUGAGCAAAUACAACAAGAAAAGAAUAUCCAUGUUUCUGUUCUAAAUUCAUUUUUAUCCUUUCUUGUCUCAAAAACUUGUGGAUCCAACACCACCACCAUGCUCUGGGAGAAAAACAAAAGCCUUCCAGUUCCCUUGGCUCUGCUGGGGGCUGGAGGGUGCUAGGCCCCUGGGUAGUAGUGUAUAGAAUUCUAGCUUUUUUUCUUUUCUCUGUGUAUUGGGCUCAGAGAUUACACUGUGUCUCUAUGUGAAUGCAGACAGUUAGCAUUUACCAACACAUACCUGUCUACUUUCUCUUGUUUAAUAAAAAAAAAAAAAGAAAAAAAAGGGGGGGUAUAGACGGUGAGCAAGGGUGGGUUUGAGGUGUCGGGGGGUAGGUGGGCAUCUGACAACACGGCUUCUCCUUUGGCAUGUUUAAUUGUGAUGUUUAACAGACAUCCUUGCAGUUUAAGGUGACACUUUUAAAAUAAAAUUCUCUCCUGACGAUGACUUGAGCCCUGCUACUCAGUGGGAGAAUCAGCAGAACCUGGAGGGUUUUAUUUGGAGUUGACAUUUUCUGUUGUAACUUUAUUUUUUUUCUUUUUCGGUUUUCACUGGAAGGAAAAAGAUGCUCAUUUUAAUUGUUGAAGUGUACAAGUUGCUUUGUUACAAUAAAACCAAUGUGGACACAAAGGGCCUGAUGCCUUUCUGUCAGAUCAAGUGGACACAAAGGACCUGAUGCCUUUCUGUCAGACGCUCAACAGACCUUCCAAGUUUGACCUGCGUAAUGAUAUCAUGUCAAACUUUUUCUCCCUAAAUUCGUAUUUUUUGAUACGCACUUUGCAGGAUGACCUCAGGGCUGUGCAGAUUGAGUUGGAGGGAUUUGAAUCAUGUCUUAACGUCUCUGUAACUGGGCACAGCUUGCUGCCGUGGACUUGUACCCUUGAUUUCUUUUUUUAAUCUCAAUUUGGCAUUUUUUUGUUUUGUUUUCUAAAAAAAAAAAAUGAGCCUUUAUUUACCUGGACCUCAUGGCAGCGCCUGCUCCUGCAGUCACUGACCUGUUGCUCUCUGCCAUUUACGGACAGCUACUGGUGUGUCUUCAUUGGCAGUAUGAACUGGCCAAGAAGGUGGGCUGUCAGGGUAAGCAGUGAGGUGGUCGGUAGUGACUGUCACAGGUAUGGAACGGAAGCUCUCAGAUGUGACUCUGGGUAGAUGAAGAACUGUCUGCUCACACCAUUGUGCAGAGAAUAAUGAAUGGUUCAGGGAGCUACCUGAUGCAUAAGCCUUUUAAUGCUGUAAAAUAGAGCUAAAGUUAAAUGCCACUUUUUCAGAGAUGAUUAAUGGACAGCCUGGUCAAAUUCAAAGCUUUCUGAUGUAUAAAACUUUAUAAAUGGAACUACUCCAUCAAUAGGCAACGUGUAACCAAAAUCUGUCUAGAUGGAUAGUGUGUAAUUUCUGCACAGGACUGUUUAGUAAAUACAUCACUGUAUACGUCAGGAAUCUUGCUCCAAUAAAGGAACAUAAAGAUUUUUUUUUG